AUGAAAUCUACUAAACCUGGUCAAGUUUGUAAGUUACAAAGAUCUCUCUAUGGGUUAAAGCAAGCCAGUCGUCAAUGGUAUGCUCAAUUAUCUACUUUUCUUGUGGCUCAUGGCUUCAAACAGUCUGUUACUAACUAUUCUCUCUUUACUUUGAAAAGAGAAAAUUCAUUCAUUGCAUUAUUGAUCUACGUUGAUGAUAUUGUUCUGAGUGGGAAUGAUCUCUCUGUUAUUUCUCAUAUUACAAAAUUACUGGAUGACACUUUUAAGAUGAAAGACCUUGGUAAUUUGGAGUAUUUUCUUGGAUUUGAAGUUGCUCGUGGAACCUCUGGUAUUAACAUUUGUCAAAGAAAGUAUGCUUUGGAUCUUCUCACCGAUACUGAUAUGUUAAAUUCUAAGCCUGUUUCUACUCCUUUUGAUUACUGUACCAGGUUACAUCAAUCAUUUGGAUCAUUGCUUUUUGAUACACAAAUUUCUUCAUAUAGACGCUUAAUUGUCAGGUUAAUAUACCUUACAAAUACCAAACCUGAUAUCACCUUUGCCGUUCAACACCUGAGUCAGUUCAUUGCUUCUCUCACUAUUGCUCAUUACAUGACUCUUUAUUGUAUUCUUCAAUACAUUAAAGUUGCUCCUAGUUUGGGUAUUUUCUUUCCUUCUACUAGUGAGUUUCAGCUCAAAGCCUUUAGCGAUUCUGAUUGGGCUGGUUGUAUUGAUACUAGAAAAUCCAUUACUGAUUUUUCUGUUUAUCUUGGUUCAUCACUUAUAUCAUGGAAAUCUAAGAAGCAAGCCACAGUCUCGAGAAGUUCUUUUGAAGCCGAAUAUCGUGCCCUUGCUACUGUAACUUGUGAAAUUCAAUGGCUCAUAUAUUUGCUUCAUGACUUUGGUAUUAUUCAAAAGCCUGCUUUAGUGUUAUGCGACAAUAAAUCAGCUCUCCACAUUGCAGCUAAUCUGUCUUCCAUGAAAGAACCAAACAUAUUGAGAUUGAUUGUCACUUGA